AUGGAGGCGGGGAUGGCAUACCAUGAUCAGUUUAUUGAUGAUCUGGGAGUUUCCCAACGAUUGGGAAACUCGGUAUUGUCAGAGCUUGACUACAGAGCCACAAACAAAGCCUCCAACUUGCGUCCAGGAUUUCAGGAUAGUAGGAAUGCACUGCAGCUUCGAGAAGCUGAAAGGUUUGAUCUGAAGCACAACACAGAUUUUCAGACCAUGGAAUCUAUACAGAGUCACUAUGCAGCCCAGAAAUCACCCGCAUUGAUCGCACAAGAAGCAGAUCAAGCGAUGGUGGUUGAAGAAAACGAGAAUUACGAAGAAAAACCUGGCACCCCCAAGCGGGAAUCUGACCAGAACUUACACAGCUCCAGCAAGCGUAUGCGUGACAAAGAUGGAAAGUCUCGGGACAGUGAUGUCUCCGUUUAUAGCCCGGUCACAGAUAUCACCAGGCGGAUACGAAGACUUCGAGUCAAGCAACAAAACCAAACGCCUCGAGAAAACAGAUCUAAGAUCAACAGUGUACGAAAUACGCCGCUCAGCGGUCCCCCUCCUCGAAUAUCGUUUGACAAUAAACCGCAAGCAACUUUUGCAAAACCUACAUUUACAUCCAUCAAUCGAGAAAACAAGCCUGGCGCUAUUUUCUCGAGACUGAAAAAGCCAGACAAACUUGAUAAAACCCAGUCGUUUAGACGCCCCUCCGCUAAAAAUCAGGCGCCAAUAAACUUACCACAACCGACUGCCGUUGUGGCACCCACCUCUGUUUUCCAGCGACUUUAUGAGCAGAGUACCAUAUCCAGAUCUAAUUCAAGUAACGCAAUUUCCCACUCAAAUGCCACUUCCAUGCAUUCUUCAUUGGGCCAGAAGCCUGUUACCUCUAAGAAAACAACUACAAUACCCAAAUCUCAGACAAUGAAGAAUCUGCGGUCCGAACUAGAGGCUCAGAAACCGGCUGUAUCAAGAUCGAAGUCAAGCUAUACGCUCUCCAUAAAGGAAAACCCUAGUACCAAGCUGCCCAAGAGCACAAGUACAACUUUUGGCAAACCUGUCUGGAGAUAG